AUGAUCAGUAACGAACCUCAGAGGACGGCCUCGGCCCCCGAGCCAGUCGCUGAUAAAAAUGAGAAGAUUGAAUCUGAGUCACCCGCUGUACGGAAUACUGAAAAUUCGGUAGUAACUGGCGGCGACGGCAUUGCGAAUCAAUCACAGUUGCUAGAGAAACAAACUUGCGAAAAACAAGUACCACUUUUGGGAGAAAGCGAAGUGACAAAUAACGAUACGGGAAAUGUUUCAAGGCCUACUCUCGCCAUCCAAAGCGGGAGCAUGCCCCCUCCUCCUCCUCCCCCACCACCGCCGAGCUCCAUCACCGCACCAAAAAUCGCCGUAACAUCCGGCGAUGACAGAGCAAAUUUAAUGGAGGCGAUACGCAGAGCUGGUGGCACAAAAGGCGCGAAGUUGCGAUCGGUGAAGAAAAGGCAAGCGCGUGCAAAAUGUUUCCAAAAAUUAUGUAUGAUGUGCUUGCAGGAAGAGGAGCUUGCUGAGGAUGUGUCGGCGUUGCCCAAACGAAAUACCACGGUCGCCGAGGGAGAUUUGAUGUCUUCUUUAGCGAAAGCUUUGGAACAGCGACGUAAAGGAAUUGCUGGUAGGAUCGCCGAGAAUAAAGAGCGCGCGAAACCAAAUUCAUUCAGUGAAGGCGCAUUUGCGAAAAUGAGUGCGCGAAUACCGCCCCCGCCACCACGUAAGGAGGACAGCGACGAACAGGAUGACAGUGACAAAGCGGACGAAUGCGACUGGGAAUGA